GCCUUUCUCACAAAUCGAUGAAGAGCCCGGCGGUUCCGAACGCCGAGACGGUCGCGCCCCGCGAGAGCGUGAGCGGCUGCAAGGCGUCCUUGCGGCGCGUCAUCUGGCUCCUCUUCCCCGUCGGCAUCCUCGCGGCCGCGAUCGUCGGCCUGCACGUGGCGGCGCGGCCUGCGCCGACGACAUUCCACGUGGCGCAGGCGAUCGCAGCCGGCCGCGUGCCCGUGCGUGGCGUCAACCUUGGCGGCUGGCUCGUCGCCGAGCAAUGGAUGAGUCCGCGCUCUGACAUUUGGAAGGACCUGCCGGCGAAUGCGACGUGGACCGAGGUCGACGCGGCGGCAGCGUACGCGUCGGCGGCCGCCGGCGUGAAAGGCCAGCUCGGCGCGCGCUUUGAGGCGCACCGCAAGAGCUGGAUCACCGAGAGUGACAUUGCUGCGAUCGCGGCUGCCAACUUCAACACGAUCCGCAUUCCGGUCGGGUACUGGAUUGGCGGUGCGACGACCAACUCGGACACGAAGAGCAGCUUGUGGGCGACGUUUGCGCCGGGCGCCCUCGCGUACCUCGACACAGCGGUGCAGACGUGGGCACCCAAGUACAACCUCUCGGUGCUCAUCGACUUGUACGCGACGAUGAAUGGGAACCACUGGCCCGACCCGGGCGACACCAAGGUCCCGCUCGCCAAGUACAACACGACGCUCAACACGACCAUCUUUUUGGCCACGCGGUACGCCAAGGCGCCGGCGCUCCUGGGCAUUGGCCUCCUCUCGACGCCGGACGACAGCGCGCAUUUCCGGUCGCUCCUCUACUACUACAUGAACGCCUAUCGCAACGUGCGCGGCCUGUCCGAAUCGAUGGUCGUGACGACGUGUGCGAGCCGGUCGUUCCAGCGACCGGGCGACGUGGCGUCCGUCAUGUCGGAAGACAAGACGUUCAUGAACUUUCUCAUCAACCCGGAUCUGCCCGAGAAGAUCACGCACGCGUGGCACGAGUGGCAGCUGCUGCCAGGCAUGAACGACACGGCACUGGCCUCCGACCCGGCGACGUGGGCCGCUCGCAUCGACGGCUGGAAGUCGCAUGAGCCGCUUUUCAUUGGUGCGUGGACGCUCGGCGUCGGUGCCAAUGCCUCUGCGCCCACGACGCCGGCCGACAAGCAAGCUCUCGCGGCCAAGCUCGUCCCGGUCGUCAACAAGGCGCCGCGCGGUUGGGUGUAUGCAAACUGGAAGGUCGCCGACAGCACCCGCGGCUGGGGCUGGUCGCUCCAAGACGUGCUCCAAGACGGUGUCAAAUUACCGUAAUCUGUCCAUGAAAAACGGGUUUUUGCAACGUACGGCGCUCCCGAACGGAAUGCUGGGCAAGGCGAGUGCACUGGAAUAUACGCUGUAUGGUGCAUAUCGGGGUGCCAGUGUUCGCCAAACCGUUGGCACCAGAGACGCGACCUUGCGCCC